UCUCUUCCUUAUGACCAACUGACUUGCUUGACUUGGAAACCGACACGAGGAAUUUCCAAUGCAAGCUAGAACCGGACGGCCCAUCUCAACAACCAGCACCUUGGCUUCAUGACAAGACACAUCGAGAUACAGACAACCAGAACCUAUCGCCAUAAUCAGACCAGAGCACCCUGGUAGCGGAUACCGAUGAGAAUCUGAUCCCUGUUAACCCCUUUCCCCGCCAUUGAAAAACACUGCGGGUUCCUUUCGGGAGAGGACCUGCACACCGCCCAACACUCCGCAGGCGACCCCACUUCCAUUCGAAUUUCGCCAGAGGUCCCCUUUUCUCGAAAGGGAGGUCCAAGACUCGGCCAAUUUCGCCAUACAACAAAAGAGAGGGAGAGAAAAAAAAAACAAAAAAAGACAGCUUUGACGGACGCCCUCGCUUUCCCUCCAACAGUCUAGCUGAUAACGCAAAAAAGUCUUCUUUUUUUCGCAAUUAGACCUUUUUUGUUCUUGCUUUGCUUUUGGACAAGCUUGCGACCAGGAUCUUUGUUUUUACUCUCACUUUUUUUGUUUCGUGUUCCUGGGAAGCUACCACCUGGACGCGGACCUAUAAACGAGUAUAGUCAAUUAUUUCGUUGCUAGCUCCGAUCUUUCAUACCGACCGCGGUCCGGUCCUCAACAAUCCCGCGCCGUGCCCCUAGCCCACCCGAACUCGGGGCUUCGCCCGAUUACUUGCUGAACAGCAGCGAACCGCCUGCAGGUUGCGCAGAAAGUCAAUUGGGGCCCUUUUCCACGUGUUCAGACGAGGAGAACAUCCAGUCUCCAGGGCUAGCGCUGAAGAGAAACCUUGUUUCGCGCGCAUACGCUUACUGGACCAGGCCACGCGAACAUUUUUGUUCUGCAGUAUCAAGAAGUUAACCAACUACUGGGUGAUUUUUCGCAAGCAGCCACAAGGAAUUCGACUAUUCUACCUAGCGCCGCCCGCAAGCAGACCAUGGCGCUUGACCAAAUGCAAAAGAGGGAGUUGGCUCCUGCCAGGCCACCCUACGCACAGGUGCGGCGCACAAAGAAGAAGGAAGAUGUGGCCAUGUCUGGCUUUACGAGGUGGUGCGUCAAGCACCAAAUUGGGCUAUCCAUGAACCUUCUCGCACUCCUCGGCCUCACUCAUAUCUUCUUUCCCAAGAGCCGCAAAUACACAACCAAGUUCUUUUCUCAGUCCUACUACAACCCAAGGUCCGGCGAAUACGGUAUUGGCAAGGAUGAUGCCUACCAGAUCUUCUUCUAUAUUACGAUAUUUACAGCGCUGAGGGCUGGUACCAUGGACUAUGUUCUCGCGCCGCUUGCAAGAUGGUGGGGUAUCACCAAAAGGAAAACCAUCGACCGCUUCAGUGAGCAGGGCUAUCUUGUGUUCUACUAUGCUAUUUUCUGGCCCAUGGGAAUGUACAUCUACUGCAACUCGGACUACUAUAUGAACCUGACCAACUUGUGGACCAACUGGCCCAACAGGGAGGUCAGUGGGUUGAUGCGCGUCUACAUGCUCGCACAACUUGCCUUUUGGUUCCAACAGAUCCUCGUCAUUAAUAUCGAGGAGCGCAGGAAAGACCACUGGCAGAUGUUUGCACACCACGUAGUCACCAUCAUCCUCAUCUCAACCUCAUGGCGCUACGGCUUCACGCGUGUCGGCAACCUCAUCCUUAUCUUGAUGGACGGAGUCGACAUUGUGUUCUCUGCUGCUAAACUUUUGAAAUAUACGGGCUUCAACACUGCCUGUGAUGUCUUCUUCGGUCUCUUCAUGCUUAGCUGGGUUAUUGCGCGUCACUUCGUGUACCUCACGGUGUGCUGGUCUAUAUACAAGGAGGCGCCGAGCGUCAUGCCUGACGGCUGCUUCCGCGGCCCGGCUGACAAGAUCGACGGACCUCACCCGGUGCCUUCAGAGCGCGGCCUUGUUUACAUCCUGGAGCCACUCAUCAACAACGAUGCAUUGGUGUGCUUCAACGAUGGGGUGAAAUGGGGAUUCCUCACGUCGCUCCUCUUCCUCCAGGGCAUCUUGUUGGUGUGGCUUGUGGCCAUCUUCCGCGUCGCCAUCAAGGUCCUACGCGGGACGGGUGCUGAGGAUACGCGCAGUGACGACGAAGAGGGCGAGGAGGAGGACAUUGAGGCCGAUGGCGUCUCGUACCACAAGACGGGUGCCGCGCUCAAGGAUGCUGUCGCCGGCCGUGGUGGCAAGACGACGCUUUCUGAAGACGACAAUGACGAGCCGAUCGAGGAGGAGGUCGGCGUAGAGGACAUUGACUUUAAGGGGUGGGGCAGGCGGUCGGGCGUCAAGAGGCAGGCCUCGUCCGCCACUGGGGUCAGUCUGCCCGGGCACAGCGACCGGAAGGAGCUUCUCGGCAGGAUCGGUUGUGAGAAACAGGUUGACUGAGUUUUUCCCGCGGCCUCAUCGAUGCCAGGGUGUUUAGAGCCGACUUGGUUUUUAUGAAGGCAAAGUGAGCUUUACUUUUCAAGACCGGCAGCCAAAAAUUUAGACUCGGAAA